AUGGAUUUUGAAGAUUUUGAUACCAAGUACGCUAAAGCAUUUCUGGCAAACCCACAGGGAAAAAUCGCUACAAAGCCAGAUAGAAGACAUGGGAAGAGCCGAGGUGCUGUGAGUGCAGCCAAUGGCAAAAGUGAACCCAAACACUCCGAGCGACCAAGUGGACAACACUCUAUUCCAAGCCGUAUACGAAUAAAUUCGAUACCAAUUCUGAAGACGUUGAAGAGUUUGGAUGAACACAUCGACGCAAGCGCGUCAAUGGUGAUGAUGCGGCCAUUCAAAUUCCUGGUCUAUUACGAUCUUCAAAUCAAAGAAUCGAUCAGGCUUCUGGAACAACAGGUGAUGCCGCCAGAGACGAACAUGCUUCCUGUUGGUUCUGAGAACGGAUCUUUCCUUGAGUCAAGGCCUGUGAGAUACGACGAGUCAUUUCUAACCGCGGAGAGGGAAGUCCGCCAAGGGACACUUGAACACAUGCGAUGUCUGAUCAUUUUCAUGGAUCGGUACAUCAGGCCAACCUUGUGUCGCUUGGAAGACAAGUCCAAUACCAAGAUACAAUUUCUCGACCUUUGGUACAUCUUCAACCCAGGUGAUGACAUACACAUGCCAUUGAGGGUUCAAGAUACUUCUGUUACUGUUGACGCGAUAGCAACCACACCAGAGACCUUUCAAAGCCGAUAUAAUCAGUUGUGGAGAGUAACUGGUACUAGUGGAGGGCGUCCGAACUUAUCAACUGCUCAAAGCCGCAAUAUCAGCCUUAGAUCAAACCCAUUCAGAGUUGAUUGCUAUUAUAUCGAUUUCCAUGACAGGUACUUUCGGCCGACCGUUCACACGUUCUAG